AUGAGCACUAUAGGAUGCUUUGAGCCAGAGUGCGACAGUGAAGUUGAACUUUUAUGCAAUUGCACUUCACCUGUGAUUUAUUCUUGCUUAAAACACAUAGUGAAGCAUUGCGAAUCUAGCGAAGGACCUCAUAAUUUUAGCUCGAUUUUUGUAAAGCCCGUUGAAGGCACAAAAGAAGCAAUCCUUGGCUUUCUUAUGGAAGAAAAGUCGAAAAUUGAAGAAAUGAAGGCAAAUAUAAUAGCAUCCUUUACUCAAACUCUUUGUAGUUAUAAAAAUAGUUUUAAGCAAGUUCUAAAAGAAAUCGACUCUGAUUCUACAAAAAUUGGUAGCUAUGUUGAAAAAAUCUUUCAAGUACAAAAGCUAUCGAGAAUGGAGAAAGAUCCAGCUUUAAAUUUGUUAGCCUUGCAGUCAAAUGAAGCUGUUGAAAAAGCCAAAGCAAUGCUUACAGAAAUAUCAAAUAAUAAUAUCGUGCUAUUUUGUGAAAUAUGAGGGCAAAUUGAUGAAGUUAUCAAGAGCUUUCACAGAGAAAAGUCCAAAGGAAUUCCAUAUGAAGCGCAUUCUGAAUUGAAAAACAUUCAUAAUGGCUUUGAAAAGGAAGGGGAGAAUUUACAGCCAGAAUUAAGUAAGUAUAAAGAAGCUAUCAGAAUUGAUCUAAAUAAUCCUGACUCAUACAAUGGCAUAGGAGAUAUCUUCUAUAAUGAAGGGAGAUAUGAAGAAGCAGUAAAACAUUACAACGAUGCAAUUAGAAUCAACCCAAACUGUUCAAUUUAUUAUAGAAAUAAAGGAAAUGCUCUUAGAGAGUUAGGGAGAAGAGAAGAAGCUAUGGAAUGCUAUAAAGAAGCUAUCAGAAUUGAUCCAAAUAAUGCUGAUGCAUACAAUGGCAUACGAUGUAUCUUCUAUAAUGAAGGGAGAUAUGAAGAAGCAGUAAACUAUUACAGCGAUGCAAUUAGAAUCAAUCCAAAUUCUGCAAUUUUAUACAAUAAUAAAGGAGAUGCUCUAUAUGAGUUAGGGAGAAGAGAAGAAGCUAUGGAAUGCUAUAAAGAAGCUAUCAGAAUUGAUCCAAAUAAUCAUUAUGCAUACAAUGGCAUAGGAAAUAUCUUCUAUAAUGAAAAGAGAUAUGAAGAAGAGUAA